GCGUCACCGCAAACACGCAAAAGCCAAAUUGAAAAUUAAAAAUUUAAUGUGUGCGCACAUAUUUUGAAAUAACAAACAAUUAAACGCCUUGAAAAUGUCCACGGGCGCUGCUAGAGUUUACAUACAAGUGGAGAGCGAGGCCGAGCAACAGCAGCAUCUGAAGCAUCAACGCCAAACAUUAAAGCCGCUGCAGGCUAACGCCAUCGACAAAGAAAAUCUGACCGGACCGGGACGCGUCUCCAUCGUGGAUCAACUGAGUCGCUUAAAGGCCGGCGUCAAUACAACGCCACUCUAUGGCAAACGCAAAUGCGUUGAAACUAGCGUCGCACCCACAACAACAACACAGGACGCCGAUACACAGACUGAUGCAAUAGAAAUAUCCAAACCCAACAACGAUGCUGAUAAGCCCAUAACAGCGGAUGAUUUGACCAGCGAGUGUGAGCCGGGAGAGAACUAUUACAAGCUGCUGUCCGAACAGCGACGCGAUGCGCUGGAGAAGACGCUGAUAGAGAAUCAGCAUUUGCACGAGCGCAUCGAUGGACUGGAGGAGGAGCUGGACACCAUGCGCAAAGAGCUAGACGUAGCCAACAAUCUGGUCGAGGUACUUAAGGAAAUCUGCGCCGAGGAGGCUAGCGACGAGGCCGAACAGCAAGAUCAGCCCGAAUAGUUCAAAAGAGAAACCAGCGGAAGGCUAAUAACCAAUUGAUUAUAAUUCUUAUGUGUUUUUUAUUAUUUUUAGUUAACAUUUGUAGUAUGAAAGCUAGUGUUAGUUACAAGAUAUCAAAUCUCUCUUUAUUAUUUAUACACUUACACAACAACUAACCCAAUGGACUGGUCGCUAAUCAACGCCAGCAAUAUAUAUAAAUUUACUAGUUGAAAAGCCAGUUAUGCUUCAAUAAACGUUGGUUUUUUGUCCUAAAA